GUCAAGGCUGGAUGGAUGUGGGAGCCCCAGGAGGGAAGGGGCAGGGAAGACUGAAGAGGGGGGCGCCUACGAGGAGAGGGGAGUUCCUGUCUGGCCCGACAGCAACCUCUACUGGACCCUUUUGCUGGCCUCCGACCCACAGGAUCUUCCUUGAGUCCUUGCCCUCCUGUCUCCCUGUCUCAUGCUCAAAACUCACCCAUCCCUGUCCUUCAAUAUCUUGUUCUUUGAUCUCUGAGGAGAUAACUGGCUAAGCGGAUCUAAGUUCAUGUGCUGGUGGGUAAUUCUCGAAGCCUUUUAACCGGCCACAGGGCCUUAUUAAUCCAGGAGGUGACUGUCAGAGAGGGAACUUGGGGUGGAGGUGUAGUGGAUGUUCGGGCCUGUGGGGGCCUGCUCCAUUCACACAGCCACUCAGCGGGUCCGCAGGGAGUGCCUGCCUCACGGCUGUGCCCUACUACGCUGGGGCUAGGAGACCAGCACGGCCCUGUUCUACUUAGUGAGGAAGGGAAAGAGAAGGAAGUCGUUGUCAGAUACUGACUGACAAAGCGGGGGUCGGGAGGUGCAGGGCGGAGUGCUACAGGGGCACCCAGGAGGGCACUGCCAUCAGAGUUGGGCAAUCAGGGAAGGCUCCCUGUAAGAGGAAACCUAGAGACCUGGAGGGUGAGGAGGAGAUCGCUUGGCAAGAACAACUCAGAGAGAAGAGAAGGUUGUAAGGACAGAUCCCUUCUGGUCAACCAGGGGCCCUACCUGGCGCCCCAAGGGCAUGGCAGCUGGUCCUGUCCCUUACCAGGGCCCGAGGGGGCAUCAGGACUUUGGAGGGAGGAGGAGUGCUAGGCAUUUGAAGACAGGGUGGCUAGAGGCUCCUGGAGCCCAGAGGCCUUGUUCUGCUCCGAGUUGUGUGUGUGGGGGGGGGGGGGGCUGAGUUGUGUGUGGGGGGCUGCCCGUGGUGUGACGCUGCGGGUUUAGGCGGGACUCGGGUGUGUGGCCCAGGCGGCCGGGGACUGGAAGCCAAACUCUCUCCCAGGCCGCUGGGGCGGGAGAGGAUUGCUGGGACCAACUGCAAAUUAGCCAGGCUGGCGUUAAAUGCCUUCGCCGCUUCUCUCCUUCUCUCCCGUCCCUCCCUGCCCUCCUGAAAAUCAACAACUGUGUCAACAGCAGGGUGAUUGUGCUUGGCCCGCAGCCCCCGGGGCUGCCAGGACCAGGCAGGUGCUGGCAGGGGCUGCCGGAGCCCCACGCUGGGAGCAGGCUGGGCCUGGCUGCCAGGGCUGUAGGAUAAACAAGGCCGCACACAGCCCGGCCAGGAGGGAGGGAGGGAGGGAGGCCACAGGCAGGCAGGAGGGAGAACAGGUGUCUCAGGAGCUCUGCGGACACAAAGGGCCUCUUGUCUCCUCCUCCCUAGCCCCGGGGAGCAGCCCCCCUCCUCGGCUCUCAGGCCCAGCCAGAGACCAGUGGUCAGGUCAGCCAGGGGGUGCUGGCAGCGAGGAAAGGGCAGGUGCUGACCUCCACACUGCCCCUGCAACUUGCUUGUUUUUUCUUGCCGGAGGCAGAGGUAAAACCAGUCCGAACGAGGCGCCAGCCCCAUGGGCAGGAGACUUGCCUCUGAACAGAUCCGCUGGCCAUGAGGCCUCUGUGGGUCUCAGUUUCCCACUGGAAAGACAGCAGGACCCCUCACUCCUGCUGGGACACUCAAGGAAGAAAUGGAUGGGAGAUAGGAAAAGCACCUGGAGGUUUGGGGAAGAAAGCUGCGCUGGAUGUCAGAAGGAUGUCCAUGAGGAGCCCUGGCUCUGCCCAGCUGGCCCUGGAUGGCGUUGGCACCAUGGUGAACUGCACCGUCAAGUCAGAAGGGAAGAGGGAGCUCUGCCACGAGGCCCUCCAGGCCUCAGCCGCCGCCGCUGAACCCCAGCCGGGAGACCCAGCCCGGGCUCCUCAGGAUGGUGCUGACUCCCAAGCUCCAGCCCAGGACUGCAGCUCCCCGGAGAGCAUUGGGUGUCUGGAACCCAAGAGACCGGGAGGUUCUGAGGCUGCUUCUGGAAGCCAGGAGAAGCUGGACUUCAACCAAAAUUUAAAAGAAGUCGUGCCAGCCAUCGAGAAGCUGCUGUCCAGUGACUGGAAGGAGAGGUUUCUGGGAAGGAGCUCUGUGGAAACCAAAGAUGUGAAAGGGACCCAGGAGAGCCUGGCAGAGAAAGAGCUCCAGCUCCUGGUCAUGAUCCACCAGCUGUCUACCCUGAGGGACCAGCUCCUGACGGCCCAUUCAGAGCAGAAGAACAUGGCUGCCAUGCUGUUCGAGAAGCAGCAGCAGCAGAUGGAGCUGGCCCGGCAGCAGCAGGAGCAGAUCGCCAAGCAGCAGCAGCAGCUGAUUCAGCAACAACAUAAGAUCAACCUCCUCCAGCAACAGAUCCAGCAGGUCAACAUGCCUUACGUCAUGAUCCCGGCCUUCCCCCCAAGUCACCAACCUCUACCUGUCACCCCCGAUUCCCAGCUGGCCUUGCCCAUACAGCCCAUCCCCUGCAAACCAGCGGAGUACCCCCUGCAGUUGCUACACAGCCCCCCCGCCCCGGUGGUGAAGAGGCCCGGGGCUGUGGCUGCCCAUCACCCCCUGCAGGAGCCCUCCCAGCCCCUGAACCUCACAGCCAAGCCCAAGGCCCCCGAGCUGCCCAAUGCUUCCAGCUCCCCCAGCCUGAAGAUGAACUGUGGACCCCGCCCCCCCAGCCAUGGGGCCCCCACACGGGACCUACAGUCCAGCCCGCCCAGUCUGCCAUUGGGCUUCCUUGGUGAAGGGGACGCGGUCACCAAAGCCAUUCAGGAUGCUCGACAGCUGCUGCAUGGCCACAGUGGGACCUUAGAGAGCUCCCCCAAUACCCCCUUCCGCAAGGACCUCAUCAGCCUGGACACGUCCCCGGCUAAGGAGCGGCUGGAGGAGAGUUGUGUGCACCCCCUCGAAGAAGCCAUGUUGGGCUGCGACAUGGAUGGCUCCCGCCACUUUCCUGAGUCCCGGAACAGCAGCCACAUCAAGAGGCCCAUGAAUGCCUUCAUGGUGUGGGCCAAAGAUGAGCGAAGGAAGAUCCUCCAAGCCUUCCCGGACAUGCACAACUCCAGCAUCAGCAAGAUCCUUGGCUCCCGCUGGAAGUCCAUGAGCAACCAGGAGAAGCAGCCCUACUACGAGGAGCAGGCGAGGCUGAGCCGGCAGCACCUGGAAAAGUACCCGGACUAUAAGUACAAGCCUCGGCCCAAGCGCACCUGCAUCGUGGAGGGCAAGCGGCUGCGGGUGGGCGAAUACAAAGCCCUGAUGAGGACCCGGCGCCAGGACGCCCGCCAGAGCUACGUGACCCCCCCCCAGGCCGGCCAGCUGCAGAUGAGCUCCUCCGAUGUCCUGUACCCUCGGGUGGCAGGCGUGCCCCUGGCUCAACCCCUGGUGGAGCACUAUGUGCCCCGGAGCCUGGACCCCAACAUGCCUGUCAUCGUCAACACUUGCAGCCUCAGGGAGGAGGGUGAGGCCGCGGAAGACAGGCACUCGGUGGCUGACGGCGAGAUGUACCGGUACAGCGAGGACGAGGACUCGGAGGGCGAGGAGAAGAGCGACGGGGAGCUGGUGGUGCUUACAGACUGAUCCCGGCCCCAAGCCGAUGGGCACAGCCAGCCGGCCUGGACUACGUUGGUACUUGGACAUGCCCGGGAGACGGGCACAGCUGUGCACGUGUAGAUAGCCUCCUGAGGGGAGAUGCCCCACCACCUCCCCUGUGGCCGCACCCAAGGAGCUGCUGGCCGAGGUGGACAGGACCUGUAGAGUGGCGAUGGGCCAAGCGCCGUGGCCUUUGGGGCUCGUGGCCAGCGGACACUGUGUGACCCUCCCUUCCCCA